CUGUCACAUUGGAAGAAGAAGAGGAGGAGGAGACAGGAGAUCUGAUUAACAACAGAGAGAGACCAGACUCUCACUCUGACAGCAGUAAGAGUGCUUCAGGGGAACCAGACCCAGAGACUCCCAAACCAGUGAGACGACUCGCCUGCUCCCAGUGUAAUAAGAGUUUUAAGUUGUCACGGUAUCUUAAAAUACAUCAGAGGACACACACAAGGGAGAAACCUUUUCUCUGCUCCCAGUGUGGAAAGAGUUUUACCCAGUUAUGGAGCCUGAACAAACAUAAUAGAAUACACACAGGAGAAAAGCCUUACCACUGUUCCCAUUGUGGAAAUAAUUUUAGGUCGUCAGAUAAGCUGAAGGAGCACGAGAGGACACACACAGGGGAGAGACCAUACCAUUGCUCCUUGUGUGGAAAGAGUUUUACCCAGUUAGGAAGCCUGAAAGAGCAUGAAAGGAAACACUCAGGAGAAAAGUCUUUCCAAUGUUCCCAGUGUGGAAAGAGAUUUUUACGAUCGCAGCAACUAAAAUCACAUGAGAGGACACACACAGGAGAGAAACCAUACCACUGCACCCAGUGUGAAAAGAGUUUUACCCAGUUAGGGAGCCUGAACAAACAUAAUAGAAUACACACAGGAGAAAAGCCUUAUCCCUGUGCCUAUUGUCCAAAGAGAUUUUCAGGAUCACAGGAUCUAAAAUCACACGAGAGGACACACACAGGGGAGAAACCAUACCACUGCUCCCAAUGUGACAAGAGUUUUACGCAGUCAGGGAGCCUGAACAAACAUAAUAGAAUACACACAGGAGAAAAGCCUUACCCCUGUGUCCAUUGUGGAAAGAGAUUUUCACGAUCACAGGACCUAAAAUCACAUGAGAGGACACACACAGGAGAAAAGCCUUACCCCUGUGCCCAUUGUAGAAAGAGAUUUUCACAAUCACAUGACCUAAAAUCACAUGAGCGAACACACACAGGAGAGAUACCUUACCAUUGCUCCCUGUGUGGAAAUGAUUUUUUCCAUUUAGGAAGUCUGCGCAAACAUAAGAAGAGAAAACACUCUGGCGAUGUUUGUACCCAUGUUCCCAUUGCGUAAUGAAUAUCAGGUUGUUAAAUAAAAAAUACAUUUUCCCAAACAGAAGACCUGAAAUCACAUCAUAGAAUAGACAGGCUGUGUUCUGAUGAGUCACUGUGUUCUGAUGAGUCACAGUGUUCUGAUGAGUCACUGUGUUCCGACUGAUGUUUGACUGUUUUAUGCCACAUUAAAUCAUAUUGUUGAUAUUAAAUCGUUCUCUAGAAUAGAGGCCUGUUUUAGUGUCUGAGACAGGAUUAUGUCUAAAAUCAGAUUACAAUUUUAAAAUGUAUUUUAUUUUGAUUCUACACUUUGAUAUGAUGGAUACAUGUAAGAAACCUUACAUGUUCAUGAUAUGAUUUGGAUAUUAUAAAAUGUAAAUUAUAAAAGGGA